AUGGACGACUUAGACGCAGAUUGCUUCGACUUCGUGGACGACUUCUACUUCUCAGCGUUGGAGGCGGCGGGUGAGGACCUCCUCCCCGUCUCGGACGAAAAGUACGCGGACGCCUUGCAGUUCCAGGAGGUCGUCAUGGCCUCCGUCAUUCCCUCAAUUCGGAAAAGUACGCCGACGCCACCUCAUCCGGCCACGUCAAGGCGAGACGUUUCUCCGCCGAGUCCGACCUCAACGUCCCGUCUUGAGGGCGAGCCCUCCGGUUUCGUCUGCGGCAUCUGCAUGGAGCCCAAGGCAAUCUCCGAGUCGUUCCGGAACCCGUCCUGCUCGCACCGGUUCUGCACCGACUGCACUCGGCAGCACCUGACCGUGCGGAUCCAGGAGAAUGCGUCUCGUGUGCGGUGCCCCGAGUCGGGGUGCAAGGCGGAGAUAGACCCGGAGUGGUGCCAGGGGAUGGUACCGGGUCAAGUGUUCGAGAGGUGGUCGGCCGUCCUCUCCGAGUCGGCCAUAUCCGCCGAGAACCGGGUCUAUUGCCCCUACGGCGACUGCUCGGCGCCGAUGGAAGUCGAGGGUAGAAGCGUAAUUGUCCAGGCAGAGUGCCCCCACUGCAACCGCCUGUUCUGCGCGAAGUGCAAGACGCCGUGGCACGCGGGCUCCGAUUGCGAGGAGUAUCGGCUUGGGGACAGUGGCACGAACGAUAUUUUGUUGAAGAAGUUGGCCAAAGAGAAAAUGUGGGCGAGGUGCCCUAAGUGCAAGUUUUACGUCGAGAAGGUGGAUGGUUGCCCUCACAUAACGUGCAGGUGCAGCUUUCAAUUCUGCUACCAGUGUGGUAGUGCUUGGGACCAGGCGCAUCUUGCUUGUAGAGCUCGAGAGCAGCAUAUACUUUAG